GGAGGUGGGUGGGGUGUAGGAUUAAGUCUCAACGCUGCUCCAGUGAUUUGCCGACGCUUUAGCUUUGAUGGGAACAGUUGUAUUGCGGGAAUGAUGGCUGUGUGAGCACCAAAUUCGGAAAACACAACUGUCACCGUAGUGAGGGAAUAAUAGCAACAUAUUUGCAGCUGACAUGAGGCUGGUUAGUGGCGGGGUCCGGUCCCGAAGGGCUGCGGAGCCCCUGGAACCAGAGUCGGAGGAGGCGACGGAGAAAGUUCACCACGAGCAUCAGCAUACAGAACACCACGGCCACCCCGAGCAUCACCCGGGACAGGACUACAACCACAUGAAGGACAAGUUCAUGAAUGAACUGCAACAUCUACCCAUUCCCAUGUGGGCUGUCGGAGCCAUCAUAGUGGUGGUCCUGGUUUUGGUGGCGUGCUUCAUCUUUUGUGUUUUCAAAAAAUGCUUUGGGAAGAAGAAAAAGCCCAAGAAAGUGAGAGAGAGGAAGACAGGGCGCCGCAGGGUGGCAAAGGAGGGCGAAGGCGAAACUGGAGAGAAGGAAGGGGAGGUGAAGAAGGAGGGUGAGGAAGAGGAGAAAGAGCAGGAGAAGUUGGGGAGGUUGGAAUUCUCCUUGGAUUAUAACUUCACAGAUUCCCAGCUCAUCGUGGGAAUCCUUCAGGCUCAGGAUCUGGCUGCUAUGGACAUGGGGGGCACCUCAGAUCCUUACGUCAAAGUUUUUUUGCUGCCGGACAAAAAGAAGAAGUAUGAAACAAAGGUCCAGCGCAAGAAUUUGUGUCCGGUUUUCAAUGAGACAUUCAUUUUUAAGAUCCCAUACGCAGAGCUCGGAGGAAAGACUUUGGUGCUGCAGGUGUUUGAUUUUGAUCGUUUCUCCAAGCACGACAUGAUAGGCGAUAUCAAAAUCCCCAUGAACAGCAUUGACUUAGGUCAGCCAAUUCAACAAUGGAAGGAUUUGGAGAGCUCGGAAAAGGAGGAGCAGGAGAAACUGGGUGAUAUUUGCAUCUCUUUGCGAUACGUCCCCACUGCUGGGAAACUGACAGUGAACAUCAUGGAAGCGAAGAAUCUGAAGAAAAUGGAUGUCGGCGGCUUGUCAGACCCAUACGUGAAGAUUGUCCUGCAGCAAAAUGGAAAACGUAUCAAAAAGAAGAAGACUACUGUCAAGAAAAACACACUCAAUCCCUACUUCAAUGAGAGUUUUAGCUUUGACGUCCCCUUUGAACAGAUACAGAAAGUACAGGUUGUCAUCACAGUGUACGACUAUGACAAGCUCGGCAGCAAUGAUCCUAUCGGUAAAACCUUCAUGGGUUAUGGAGCGACGGGUGUGGGCCUGCGACACUGGUCAGAUAUGUUGGCUAAUCCCAGACGUCCAGUAGCCCAGUGGCACACUUUGCUGCCAGAGGAGGAAGUGGAUGCAGCGGUCAAAGCGAAACCUCGCUAGAUUAGAGAUGUUAUGGGGUUUUUUUUGUCGUCCUUAAUGUUGUUCUUUCCAUGCAUUUAUUGAGGUAUACAGUGUUUUGAAUUAUGUGUGUGUGUGUGAAAUACUGAUGUUUUUAUAUUUGUCAUUCUCUUCCCCUACUUAAGAAUGUGUUUUCAGUUACAGUACACAGCAAAUAAAUGUCCCAUGGUAACUUACCUUGAAUGAGGCUCAACCUUUUUCAUAAUGUUUUAAGUUAAUAUUAAUAAAAGCAAAUGUUAAUCAUAUAUUUUCUGGAAUGCCAUUACUGUAAGAGAAAAAAUGUCCAAUUAAGGGCUGAUGUCAUGAUUUCGUUUUGUAAAUCAUUAAACGUACAUCAAAGCGUGUGAAGUGUGAUCA